AUCAACCUCCCGUUCGUCUUUUCUCUCUCCGGCUUCUGCUGCUGUGUUGUCUUUCAGAGAUUGCACGUCCCUCUUCAUUGCAUAUACGUUUAUUUCGUCCCCCUACUCCUACCAGCACUCAGUGAGCUUGGUCUGAUUUGAAAAGAGAACCGAGUGGCAAUUCUUCCAUUCGUCAUUUUUCUCCCGUCACCACCAUGGAAUACGAGAACGAAGGUGGUCGCUAUGAUGAUGCAACCCGGUAUGACCGGGAUCGCAGCGCGUCUCCUCGGGGUAACGGCCACGCGCCUACUCGCAACCGUAGCAUGUCGCCGAACGGCCGCGGUGAUGCACGUGCUCCUCCACCCGACGCUCGCAUGAAGGAUGACGAUGCUAGCGCUGCCAACACUGGAACCAACCUCUUUGUUACUGGCAUUCACCCUCGUCUCACCGAAGCCGACGUGUCCCGCCUUUUCGAGAAAUACGGUGACGUUCAAAACUGUUCCAUCAUGUUGGAUCCGCAUACCAAGGAAUCUCGCGGCUUUGGGUUUGUCAACAUGGCUACAUCUGACCAGGCUGAGGCUGCCAAGGAAGGAUUGCAGGGUGAGUCCAUAGAAGGACGAACUCUAAGCAUUGAAAAGGCACGCCGUAACCGACCCCGUACGCCAACUCCGGGGAAGUACUUUGGGCCUCCUAAGCGCGAUUUCCGUGGACCACCGCGAGGUGGACGAUUCGAGCGUUAUGAUGACCGACGAGGUGGAUAUGGUUACGGUCGCCGCCAUGAUGAUGGUUAUCGACAUGGACGCUACGACUCCUACAACGAACGUAGCCGUGAAUAUGGCCGCCGUGAUUACCGUGAUGACUACGGCUAUCGUGGAGUAGAUCGAUACGCGACUUCCGGACGUGAAGAGAGAUAUGGUCCUCGAGGCGAAGACCGCCGUCGUGGGGGUUAUUAUGAUCGUGAUGAUGCUCGCGCUCAAGCCGCGUCAGCUUAUGCUAGUGCACCCCCCCAACGUGAGUCGCGUGAGCCAUAUGGAAGUCGUUCUUAUGAUAACCGUUGGAAUGACAGAUACGGCGCCAGGUAGGUAGGUUUCGUGAACUCAAAGUUUCACACUGGCGAUAGGGCCUCGCUACAAGCGUCGCUCGUGGCGAUUCGUGCCUUAUUCCAAUGGUCUCUUUUUGUGUUUCUUCACCGCUUAUCCAUCUCUUCUUAAUAACCCUACAUCUUUUCUAUUCCCCCUUGUAUUCCUGAAAUGGGUUUUAUGUCUACAUCCUCAGCUGGGUCAGUUCUCUACGGUUACGGCGCGGCGCUUCUCUGUUCUUAUCUCGCAAAAAGUCAACUUCUUUUUUCGCGCGCACAUGGUCAAGAAUUAUGUCGACGGAUUCGGGAGCAUGGCAGCUCAAGAUUGACACCUGCAUCAAGCGACCUCCUUUGAUGUAGUUGAUCAAGCAAGCUGCGUUUCAAACACCUCGAAACAUUGGCGGCGGAAGCAAGGAUUCACUUGUAUUAUCUUCGACAUGUCUUGUGGCCCUAUUAUUCUUUUCAGCUAUGGUCCUUAUCGGUAGUCAGCUUUGUCAGCUUUUCGACUCAGUCGUUUCAGAUUCAGAUUUCGACUGCAUCUUACUCGGCCAAAGUGAACACAGCGUCAAUGCAUCCCCAGUACCUGAAAGUUAGCGCCAGAUUAUUUUUGAAUAAGGGUCUGGCACGUUCAUCAGUUCCGGCAAGCGUUGUGUUGUAGUGUCGAUCACUAUCGGCCAACGGUAUCACUAAAAUAAACCAUCGGACGUGAGCCAGACAAAUUGUAAACUUCAGUCGGUUUCA